AAUUUGUUGGUGUUGCUAAAAAUACGGAUGUUGAUGUUAUGAAGGAAGGUAAUUAGGGUGUUGGUGUCGACAAGAGUUGUGUUGUUGUUGUUGAGAAGGAAGGUAAUGUUUCAAACCUAAAGACGAUCUUGUUCAACAUACUGUGGAUAGAGAAAAGGAAUUUGAUGAUGAUGGCAGCCAUGCAAGGAAAAAGCAAAAAUAAUCUUCUAAAAAGAAUGUUGAAAUGGAUUAUGCAAAACUUCCAACAAAGAUUUACAAUAGGCGUUUACAAGAUGACAAUGUUAAGCAGAAUCCUAUUUUUGAGGUAAGUUUGUCUGGCGUUUACAAGAUUACCAGGUUUAACAGGUCAUUUGAUAAUAAAGAUGUUGAGAAAACUAUUCAGGAAGAGGUGCAGCGAAAGAAGAAACGUGGACGUACUCGGAAACCUACUCCUGAAGUUGUUGAAGAGGAAACAAAUUCUGAUGAUGUUCCUAUCAUAGCUCUGAUCCCUCCAAAAAUUGUUCCUGUUCAAGUUCAAAAGGUUGCAUCAACAAAGACUAGUACCUCCACGAUUGGGAGUUCAUGUGGUGAAAAAGUGGAAAGGAAGAAAUUUGAGAGGUUGACAAAGAUUAAGCUUGGAAAAAAGGUUGUAACAAAAGAUGGUAAAGGGUUGGACAAGGAGAAUCCAGUGGAUUUGAAGUAAUUAUAGUUUGAGUCAUGUCAUAUCAUUGUGAAACUUUUUCACGUACUUUAUAUAUAUUAUCGCUAAUCGUCUAAACAGUAUUAGUAUUUGCAAAACAUAUGGUAACUGAUAAUUUUUUACCUGGUUGUUUUUGGUAUAUGUUUCAGUUGGUUAAUUUUUGUAUAUGUAUGGUGCAAUGAAUUAAUUUUU